UAAUCUUUGGAAUGAUGAUCAACGGAACCAUUCGAGAGAGAGAGAGUAAAGUAAGAGUGAGAGAGAGAGAGAAUUAAUCUUCAGCCACGAAUUCAGUCACAAGGGAUUAGCAGCAGAGACCAAACCCUCCCUCUUCGAUUUCUUCAUCACUGCAACCCCAACCACGAUCGCGAUUUUCAUUAUCUGGGUCCUCACAGUUACUCCUCCAGCAACCCCAGUUUCCAUUUUCCCGCAAACCAAACACCCAUUAUCGAGGUGAUUUAUAUGGCCGCUGAAUCUCCCGCCAAGACGCUUCGAAGAAUUCUGGACUCGCCGGGAGUCCAUCUGGGUCCAGCUUGUUUCGAUGCUCUCAGUGCUAAGUUGAUAGAGAGAGCUGGGUUUCAAUACUGCUUUACCAGCGGGUUUUCAAUAUCAGCGGCCAGACUGGGGUUGCCAGAUACAGGUUUUAUAUCCUAUGGAGAAAUGGUGGAACAGGGUCAACAAAUCACCCAAGCUGUGUCAAUACCUGUCAUUGGGGAUGGCGAUAAUGGAUAUGGCAAUGCAAUGAAUGUAAAGAGAACUGUCAAGGGAUACAUUCAUGCUGGUAUUGCAGGGAUCAUUCUUGAAGAUCAGGUUUCUCCGAAAGCCUGUGGUCAUACGCGAGGCAGGAAAGUGGUUUCCAGAGAGGAGGCAGUGAUGCAGAUAAAAGCAGCUGUUGAUGCGCGGAGGGAAAGUGGCUCUGAUAUUGUUAUUGUGGCGCGUACUGAUUCUCGUCAAGCAGUUUCUUUGGAUGAAUCACUAUGGAGGACAAAGGCCUUCGCUGAUGCUGGAGCUGAUGUUCUUUUUAUUGAUGCAUUAGCUUCAAAAGAAGAGAUGGAAGCUUUCUGCAAAAUCUCUCCCCAUGUUCCAAAAAUGGCCAAUAUGCUUGAAGGAGGGGGCAAAACACCAAUUCUUACUCCUCAUGAACUUGAGGUUGUUGGAUAUAAGCUUGUCGUCUAUCCACUUUCCUUGAUUGGGGUAUCUAUUAAAGCAAUGCAGGAAGCACUUAAUGCUAUUAAAAAUGGUUGUAUCCCUUCUCCCGGAAGCAUGCCAUCAUUUGAAGAGAUUAAGGAAAUCGUUGGUUUCAACAGCUAUUAUGAAGAAGAGAAGCGUUAUGCUGUUGGAACCAGUCCGCUGUCUUCACAGAGAGAAAGUUGAUUAGCGACCACUGAUUAUAGUUCUGUGAAGCGCCACUGCCUGGCUAGCCUUUUUAGCAGAUAGCAAACGUUAGCUUCAGAGUUAUAUAUAUAUAUAUAUAUAUAUUUAUAUAUAUAAUGAUCUUCCCUGAAGAAGACAAUGCCUGCUAAGUUUGUAGAAAACUCUCUCGAUGGAAACCCAAUAAGAGGAAAAAAAGAGUACUAUCUUAAUUACAGAACUUACAUGACCAACCAUCCAAAACAAUAAUAAUUAAUAAAUAAUAAGGUAAAAACUCAGUUUGAGAAAUUAUUCUUAUA